AUCCACCUGAACCUCAGCUUAGUGAAACAAAGAGGGUUGGAAUAUUUCUACCAAAUGUUUUACAAGAGAGGUACCAGAGGAAAGACACUCCAAAGUUUAUCACAUCGUACAAGCCUCCUGAUGCUCUGGAAUCCGAGCUGAUGUUUGUCAAGACUGGGAAGUACCUUUCUGGGCCGUACAAGAACCCCAAAUCACAUAACUUCAGACCGCUCAAUGAGGACCUUCCAGACAUAGUUACUACAUAUGACAGAGAUCCUGGUAACCUGAAUUUAAAAUUAAAGAACUUGGACAUUGUUCAAACCACUGGAUCCGAGUCCAACUUUAGCUCAAGGGAGACCAGGAAAAGAAUGGACACGUAUAAACCUGCAGAGCCCAGAUGGGAUGCGAAGCUCAUACUCCCUCAGCUGCCCUGGCCACCAAAAUCUGCUUCUUAUACUAGACACCGACGAAGAAGAGGAGCUUACAGUGCAUUCUUGGAUCGUGUGGAGGAAAAACUCUCAAGAUCAUGGGAAAAUACAUAAUAAUGACUGGUAUAUACAUUUUUACACAUGCAUAAUUGACUUUCUAUUAUUAGUGCAAAAGCAUAGAAUUUGAAAGAACGGAGUAUACUUAUACACAAUGGGAUGUAAAGCAAAAUAAACUUGAUUCGUUUUGAUACUUAUUAUAGAUUAUAAGACUUUUAUAAGCACUCAUGUCAGAAAUAAUGCAUCUUUUAGUCCAUUUACUACAAUUGGGAUGUAUGUAAUAUUAAAAGUCA